AUGCUAUCUUUACUUUGCGUGAGUAAACUUUCAUCUAUUGGAUUCUAUUCAGUUAUACUAAACCAAAGUUAUCCAAAUAUUGAAGUUGCUACAUCCGAAAGCAACAAAGUUUAUUUAACUUAUCAAUUACCAAAAUAUCGUUCAUCUUCUCCUACUGUAUCAUUCAAAUAUUACAAUGAUUCAAUUAACCAUACUUUCUAUUUCAAUGAAAGUACUGGAAUUACGUUCACAAAAACACGCUUUAAUAUUUCAUUUGAAUCAAAAUAUGACGCAAUACAGUUCAACAUAUACAUUAUGGAUUUCAGAGCAUGCAACUAUUCAUUCCUUACACUCGGCAAUAUGGAAUAUCGUUUGUAUCCGUAUAAAGCAGGUAAGAUUUGUGUUUUCCCACAUAACAUACCAAGGAAAGUUAAGUUCCUUAACAAACGCGAAGAUAUAGUUAGCAAUUACGCUUAUAUUGGUAGCCAUACUGUUGCUUAUUCCCCAACAAUUACUGAUAUCAGUGAUAUCUCAGUUCUUGUUGCAGAUUUUAAAUAUGAAUAUAGUAACAGUAUUGUCAUUUAUGACUCGACAGAUAGAAACAUGGAUGAAGACUGUGAACAUCAUUCUUUCAUGAUUCUAAAUGAUACAGGAUUAAUUCCAGAAUAUAAGUAUUUUGAUGGAUACACAUAUCCUUAUUGCCUUGAGAAAUCAGACUCUUUAAGAUUAUUUUUGAUUAUCUUCUUUUCUAUCUUUGGAGUUGUUGUUAUUACUACAACAGUCUUAUGUAUUGUCUGUUGCUGCUGCCUCAGACCAAGGUCAUUGCCCCCAGCUGCUCAACCAACACAAGUAUACGUCAAUUAUCCACAAUACGCGCAACCAGCUCCAAAUCCAUAUGCAAACAAUCAAGCACAGAAUCCUCCAUUAUAUACCCAACCACUUUUGCAGAAUCAACAACAACCGGCAUCAGCUCAAGAACCAUUAAAGAGUCCUUACUAA